GUUUGCCCGAAUACCAAAUUUCUUUCUUUCUCGUGUUUUGCACCAAGCAGAUCGCUUGUACGGAAAUCGGUGAAAAUUACCGAAAUUUGUUCAUCCUAACUCACCAUGGACAAAACAUUUGUGCUCGCACGCGUUACCAAGGUUCUGGGCCGUACCGGAUCGCAGGGCCAGUGUACCCAGGUGAAGGUUGAGUUCCUGAACGAGCAAAACCGACAGAUCAUCCGCAAUGUGAAGGGUCCCGUCCGCGAGGGCGACAUUCUGACCCUGCUGGAAUCUGAACGUGAGGCAAGAAGACUCCGGUAAACUCGCUCCAGCUUCGCUAUGCUUUCCACGGACGGGUGCAUUCUGCUGCCCGCAGGUUAUGUUUCCACUUUGUGUACGUCGGUGUAAUACUGCUACAAACGGGCUGGCGACCAAAACUUGAAAAAAAGGGAAACCAAUCCCUGCCGGUGGCAACAAUGAAUGUAUUAUGUUCGUUAAACUUCGUGUUUGUGGAAGUAAAGAAUGAGAGGUGAAAGCUAAUAUAACGUGAGUUUGGUAACAAAACAACCCAAAUCCGAAGAUUGUUUAUUUCUAUCGACGUGCGUACGAUGUGUUGAACCGUUGAACGUGUCGUGUCCUGGUUGUUAACGGUUGGAGGAAACCUCUACGUUAAAAAGUUAGUGCUUUUCUGCAGCAACCAAUGCACGAGAAGAGUGUGCCGGGAGAAAGAAUUUCGACCAUGAACGUGAAUACCAUUCAAACCAAAGCAUCAAAUACACAACUAUCCGCAUAUGCGUUGUUUGCUCAGUGUCAAUUCAAAGCGCUGGACGCUUGACAAAAAGCGCGAACUGCAUAUUGUGUUAAAUCGACGAGAAGUUCUUUAGAGAUUGUCGAGAGUUCAGUUAAUAGGUAAUAGAUGAUAAUACGGCUGCCUUAAACCUGCUUCCCGCGUGAUAAUAAAAUCGCGGCAGAAGUGGUAUCUGGAAAACAAAGUGGCAACGAGGCAACCCAAACAACACACCCAGAGCGUCCAGCUUUGGCGAGAGUAAAGCAAUGCAGCCCGAACUAUUGAUCCCUACCCAAAACGAAAAGGACUAUUGCCAUUUUUGUUUUGGGGCCACCAAUUUAUUGCUGGUGUUUCCACAUGUCCGGCCUGAUCUGCAGAGCUUCAUCGAUAAUGUUAUUGGAAUUGAACUGACUACCGAAGCGCAAGAAACGUUUAGCUUGUGCGAAGAAUGUAUCGGAACAAUGGACAUGUUCAUCACGUUCCGUGGCAAAUGUCGUGCCCAUUACGAUAAAGUGCGUGGAAUGAAAAUUAUGAACCAAGCCGUAAAAAAGAUGUUUCCGUUACUACAGCUACAGCAGCAGCAGCAGCACGUCAGUACAAAUGCCGCAUCGCUCUCUAAUACGACAGCUGUGAAUGGAUGUAAUGCGAGGAACAUUAAUAUCCAACUGUUGCAUCCAGAAGUUUGCUUAGUGGAACCCACAAUGAAUGGCAGUGUCGAAGCUGAUAACGGCUCUGCUGGAAGCGCUUCCAAAAGAGUCUAUCCUCAGCUAUCACCAGACAUCGGUGCUGAUUCUUCAACUAAAAAGACACGAACUGAAAACGAUUCAGCUCGUAAGACAAAAUAUCAUCAUAUCCGGGAUCUUAUGAAACGCUUUCGGGAUAACCGAUUGCAGAAUAACGAUGUAUCACAUAGUCCAUCGCACACACCCGUUAAUAGUAUCCCGCGAACAAUUGAGAUUAUAAACAAUCGGCCGUUGACUACCACUCGCCAUUCACUUCCAUGUAGUAUCGCCUCCGCUAACUACACUCCGCAAUGCAAGCCUUGUGUGGUGGUAGUAAAAAAAUGUCUCGCACAGCCGACCGUUGCUGAUUCGUGCAAAUCGUAGUUUAUUCAAUAUUUUGUUGGUUGACGCUUUGUUUUAUGAUCUGUAAGAACUCUCGUAAUGGACAUGUAAUUACAAUUGUGUACAAAUAAAAAUCGAACUGCGGCGUCUGAGUACGUCAUUUUUUCAA